AUGAGAGAAAUCAUACACUUGCAGACAGGACAGUGUGGAAACCAGGUAGGAUGCAAGUUUUGGGAGACAAUCAGCGGGGAGCAUGGGAUUGACCAGAGCGGGAGGUAUGUUGGGACAUCUGACAACCAGCUUGAGAGGGUGAAUGUCUACUAUAAUGAGGCAUCCUCGAAGAAAUACGUUCCACGAGCAGUUCUGAUUGAUCUUGAACCUGGAACCAUGGAUGCAGUUAGGCAGGGGCCAUUUGGAGAAUUAUUCAGGCCAGACAACUUUGUGUUUGGGCAGAGCGGAGCAGGAAACAACUGGGCAAAGGGACACUAUACGGAGGGAGCCGAGCUUAUUGAUUCUGUGAUGGAUGUGGUUCGAAAGGAAGCAGAGUCGAGUGACUGCUUGCAGGGGUUCCAAAUCACACACUCUCUCGGAGGAGGAACGGGAGCAGGGAUGGGAACUCUCCUUCUGUCGAAGAUAAGAGAGGACUUUCCAGACAGGAUGAUAUGUACAUUUUCUGUUGUUCCUUCUCCAAAGGUAAGUGACACGGUUGUAGAGCCGUAUAAUGCAACACUUUCAAUCCAUCAGCUGGUUGAAAAUGCAGAUGAGACCUUUUGCAUUGACAACGAGGCACUGUACGACAUAUGCUUCCGAACCCUAAAGUUGAACAACCCUGGGUAUGGGGAUCUGAACCAUCUUGUGUCCUUGGUGAUGAGCGGAGUGACAACGUGCCUGAGGUUUCCUGGGCAGUUGAAUGCAGAUCUUAGGAAGCUUGCAGUCAACAUGAUUCCAUUCCCUCGGCUGCACUUCUUUGUUGUUGGAUUUGCUCCUCUGACUGCUGUAGGCACACAGAAAUUCAAGACCUACUCUGUCUCCGAACUCACACAACAGAUGUUUGACUCGAAGAAUAUGAUGACGGCAUGCGACCCAAAGAAGGGAAGAUAUCUCACUGUUGCAGCAAUGUUCCGAGGAAAGAUCUCGAUGAAGGAUGUGGAUGAGCAGAUGUCGAUGGUACAGUCAAAGAACAGUUCUCUAUUUGUGGAAUGGAUUCCAAGUAAUGUGAAGACGGCAGUCUGUGACAUUGCACCGACAGGCCUCGAAAUGUCUGCAACAUUUGUUGGGAACACAACAUCCAUCCAGGAACUCUUCAAGAGGAUUUCGGAUCAGUUUACAGUGAUGUUCCGAAGAAAGGCCUUCCUGCAUUGGUACACAGGAGAAGGAAUGGAUGAGAUGGAGUUCUCGGAGGCCGAGUCGAACAUGAACGACUUGCUUUCUGAAUAUCAACAAUACCAGGAUGCAACAGUCGAGGAUGCCGAGGAGUUUCUAGUUAAUUAA